AUGGGUUCCUUCCUCCGGCCGCAGCCGUGGGAUCUUCUCCUGGACUACGACACGGCGAAACAGUUCGAAGUGGACGUGACCCUGGAUCCAGCCACGGUGGGACCUGAGGUGAUCCUCUCUGAGGACCUCAAAGAGGCCACUUGGGGUAGACCUAAACACCGGUGGCCGGAGGGUCCGGGCCGGUUCGACACGGACCCGUGUGUGUUGGGCAGUGAGGGCUUCACCUCGGGCCGUCACUACUGGGAGGUGGAGGUCAAGGGGCGCUUCUGGGCUGUUGGGGUGGCCCGAGAGUCGGUUCAGAGGAAAGGCCGAGUCCUCUUCAAGCCAAACCCCGAGAUUUGGGGCUUGCAGAAGUACGACGAGCUCUGCGUGGCCCUCACGGCUCCUUCCAACACCUCCGUCCCGCUCCUCAACGGGGAGAUCGGGGUCUACCUGGACUACGAGGUGGGACAGGUCUCCUUCUACGCUGUCGGGAGCCGCCAACGCAUCUUCACCUUCCCCGUGGCCUCCUUCAGCGGAGAGAGGGUCUUCCCCUACUUCUGCGUGCUCCUCUCCACCAUCAAACUGUCCCCCAGGGCUUGA